AUGUCUGCCCAAUUCGAUCCGUCUGUCCCCAAAGCCGGUGACAGCCAAAUGUCAAUGGACGAUACAGAGGUAGAAGUCAGUCUGGCGUAUGGCAUGGCUCUCCACGAACUUCGCGUCAUCCUCGAGAUGAUCCGGGAAGUUCGAAUCCCACCAUCCGACGACUUGGAAGCUCUCACGACCUACCGCGAACUGGUGAUCAGCGAUGUCACGAGACUCGACAAGAAGGUCAACAUCAGCAUGGACUAUCUUAGGGCCCGUGACGCCCAGUUCCACUACCAGGCCAAGCGUCUGCGUACGCCGGACCGAAUUGACAGACUUCGACUCUGGAACCGGGAGAAGAAGCAUGAGAUGGAGGCGUGCCGACUGCGGCAUGGAGACAAGGGUUACCAGGCGGCUCUGAAACGGUUCGAGGAGGAGAAGCGGGUCAUGAUCAAGUGCUAUGAGCUGGAGGGACUAUGGAAGAAGGCCAUGGAGCGAGAGGAGUCUGUCAAGUCCGACGGAGAUGAUGACUUGUCAAGCGACUGCGAGACCAUCAUUGGGGAGGAAUGA